AUGUUGGAACUUGAUUGCCUUAUAUUGAUAUAUUCAUGACAUUUAUGAGACUAUAAAACUCAGUCGUUAUCUGUUGUUUUCAACCUUUUGUAUUAUCAUCAACAAAUAAUUGUGACCUUGUUGUUUAAAGGAGGUUCAAUUAAAUUUAUCGCACUCUCUCGGAGACAAAAUGCAGCUGCCACUGACUGUCCUCUAGGUGUCAGUGUCGCAUUAUCGCUGGUGGACGACGUACGUCUCAAAACGCUUUUGUUUGUCAGGGAACCAGACAGCGGACAGUCCUUCGACGCCGCAUCGUGUUCUGGUCCUCCUGCAGUAUCUCUCGACCAUGAGCUGGAUGUGAUUUGUUGCUCACUAAAGGUGGAUUCGUUUCGUUGGUGUUUUGAAGAUGGAGACAAAUAGACGAAUGGGAGUAUUUGGAUUCUCCUGGAGCUUCUUUCUCUUGGCUGCAUUGUUUCUCGAUGGAAAACGGGCUCUGGCUGAACUGCGCUACUCUGUUCCCGAGGAGGUGAAGGAAUCAACGAUUGUGGGAAAUGUGGCCAAGGAUCUGGGUCUCGAUAUCAGCUCUCUGGUUGCUCGACGGUUCCGUGUUGUUUCUGAGUCCGAGGACGCGUUUUUUGAGGUAAACCCGCACAAUGGAGAAUUGUACGUCCGUAAGAGAAUAGACAGAGACGGCUUCUGUCAGGGGAGGGAGUCUUGCUUGAUCGAGCUCAAGAUCAUUGUUGAGAACCCGUUGGAAAUUCACUACGUGGUUGUGGAAAUUACUGAUAUUAAUGAUCACGCCCCCGUGUUUCCUGAAACACAGCAAACAUUCAAAAUAGCUGAACAAACUCUCAGCGGGAGGCGAUUUCAGUUACAUGCCGCAAAUGAUCCCGAUGCGGGAACUAAUUCGAUUCGCACCUACACUCUGACGUUAAACGAGCAUUUUGAGGUGGAUUUUCGUAAAAAUGAUGAUAAGAAACCAGUUCUUGUUCUUAAAAAAACGCUUGAUAGAGAAAAGAAGAACAGCCAUUCUUUAACUGUGACAGCGGUAGACGGAGGGAAACCUCAAAGAUCAGGAACGUUAAAUGUUUCUAUCGUUGUCCUGGACAGUAACGAUAACAGACCCACGUUCAGUCAGGAAGUUUAUUACAUUGAUGUUCAGGAAAGCAUUUUGGCCGGCUCGAUAAUAUUAAAAAUGAAUGCGACCGAUCCAGAUGAAGGAACGAAUAGCGAAAUCGAAUAUAGUCUCGUACAAACACUGACAAAACAUGUAUAUGAUGUUUUUGAAUUAGACAAAAUUACAGGCGAAAUCCGUGUCAGAGGAUUAAUAGACUAUGAAGAACAUAAUGUUUAUAAACUGGACAUUGAAGCAUCAGAUAAAGGAACUCCUCCAUUAACCGGAGAAUGUAGAGUGAUAAUAAGGGUCAGAGAUAUUAAUGACAAUCCACCAGAAAUAGAAGUGACGUCACUUUCUAAUACGGUUACUGAAGAAUCUAAACCAGGAACAGUCGUUUCUCUCAUCAAAGUAAAAGACAAAGAUUCUGGUGUUAAUGGGAAAAUAAUCCUGCAAAUAAUUAACAAUGUACCGUUCGAGUUAAAACCCUCUUAUAAGGAAAACACAUAUUCAGUCGUUACAAAAACAGUUCUGGACAGAGAGGAAGUGUCUCAGUAUGAGAUCAUACUAAAAGCCACAGACUGUGGUGAACCUCCUUUGUCUUCUUUUAAAACCCUCAACAUCCAGAUAUCAGAUGUGAAUGACAACAGUCCACAUUUCCAACAAAACCCACUGGACUUUUAUCUGUUAGAAAAUAACCUGGCUGGAGCCUCAGUGUUCUCUGUGAGCGCAACUGAUAAUGAUCUGAACGAGAACGCGGCUGUUUCCUAUCAUAUAGUGAGAGAAGGACGUAAGACCGACCUGCUGUCUUUCCUGAACAUCAACUCAGACAACGGACACAUUUCUGCUCUGAAAAGCUUUGACUUUGAGACAGUGAAGAGUUUCCAGUUCCACGUUGUGGCCACAGAUUCUGGAAGUCCGUCACUGAGCAGCAACGUGACAGUGAACGUGUUCAUCCUGGAUCAGAACGACAACCCUCCAGUCAUCCUGUAUCCAGUCAACUCCAACGGUUCUGCUGAAGGUGUGGAGGAGAUUCCCCGCAAUGUGAACGCAGGACACUUGGUGACUAAAGUCAGAGCUUAUGACGCUGAUGUAGGUUACAACGGCUGGUUACUGUUUUCACUGCAGCAAGUUUCUGACCACAGCCUCUUUGGUUUGGACCGCUAUACGGGACAGAUCAGAACUCUCCGCUCGUUCACAGAGACAGACGAGGCGGAACAUAAACUGGUCAUACUGGUCAAAGACAAUGGGAACGUGUCUCUCUCAGCAACAGCUACUGUGCUGGUCAAAGUUGUGGAGCCCAAAGAGGCUUUUGCUGCUUCUGAUGUGAAAAGCUCAGCAAAAGUGGAUGAGGACACGGAUGUGACUUUUUACCUGAUGAUCACUUUGGGCUCAGUUUCAGUCCUUUUCAUCAUCAGUAUCAUCGUGUUGAUCGCAAUGCAGUGCUCCAAAUCCACAGACUACACUUCUAAAUAUCUCCAAGAGACCAACUAUGAUGGAACUCUGUGCCACAGCAUCCAGUACAGAUCUGGAGACAAGCGCUACAUGCUAGUUGGACCCAGAAUGAGUAUUGGAUCUACUAUAGUUCCUGGCAGCCAUGCCAACACUCUGGUGCUGCCUGACAGGAGGAGGCCUUCUGAAGAGGUAGGAUGGUGCUCUGAAUUUCUCUCAAUGCUGUCUGAAUAAGGAUGAUCGCUGUC